UCCUCUAUCACAUUGUGUUUUCACUCUGUGGAUGCCACACAAGUUUUAGACACAUUGUGCUUAUUUGCAGUUUCUCAGCUGUGACUUUGCAGCACCUGUGCAGGUCUCCAUUAUGGCAUCCAGUGGUGUGAAAAUGAUUCAUUCCCUCUAUGAGAAAGGAGGCGAGGGAAGCCUUUCUAACCCAGUGAAAUUUAAAGACCAGGAUUACCAGCAGCUCAAAGAGUCUCUUGUUAAUGAAGGGAAAUUGUUUGAAGAUGAAACUUUCCCAGCAAACCUAAAGUCAUUAGGAAAACUUGAGGAUUUUCCAGCAGAGCAGCUCAAAGAAGUGAAGUGGCUUCGGCCCAAAGACUUGUCCUCCAAUCCCUCAUUUGUUGUGGACGGGAAAUCAAGAUUUGACUUCAAACAAGGAGAUGUGGGCAAUUGCUGGUUUCUGUCAUCCAUUGGAGGGCUGACUUUUCGCAAAUCACUGCUGGCCCAAGUAGUGCCUCUGGAUCAACGCUUCAAGGAGAACUACGCUGGAAUAUUCCACUUCAGGUUUUGGAGAUUUGGAAAAUGGGUGGAUGUUGUUGUCGACGACUUGUUGCCGACACGCAACAAAGAACCUGUGUCAGUUUCCUCCCGGUCUGGGGACGAGUUCUGGGCUCCUCUGCUGGAGAAAGCUUAUGCCAAAAUUUGUGGAUCGUAUGGCGACAUGAUUGCUGGCAAUCCUUCUGAAGCAUUCAAGGACUUCAGUGGGGGUGUUCACAUGACCUACACACUGUCCAAAGCCCCAUCGGAUCUCUGGGACAUCAUGAACAGAGCAGUGGAGUGCAAAACUAUGAUGGGAUGUGGGACUCACUCAGGGGAAAAAGGGAAAAAGUAUGAAGAGCUGGGUCUGGUUCGUGGUCACGCUUAUUCUGUUACAGGAGUGGAACAGGUUGAGAGUAAGGGGGACGAGGUGAAUCUGGUGAGAAUCUGGAACCCGUGGGGUGAGAAGGAGUGGAAAGGAGACUGGAGUGACAAGUCAGAAUUGUGGAAUAGUGUGAGUGAGGAGACCCGCAACAACUGUCUGAAAGUGCGCAAUGAUGGAGAAUUCUGGAUGAAGUUGGCAGAUUUUGUCACAUAUUUCGAGGACAUGGACAUCUGCUGUGACAGCCCCAACUUUGUGGACGGAGAUUCCUGUCAGUGGAAUUGUUCACUGAAAGAAGGACGAUGGGAGGCUGGAAAAUCUGCAGGAGGUUGUUAUCCUGACACAGAGCUGUUCUGGACAAACCCUCAGUACCGCAUCAAAGUAGCAGUGGAGGGAGACAGGAAGGACAAGAACGUCUUAUUGUCUCUGCUGCAGAAACCUGACGAAGAAUACCGCAGCAAAAUGAAAUACCACAUAAUGGCUUUUACCAUUUACAAGGUGCCAUCGGAGGCACCAAAAGGCCGACUACCAUCAUCACUUUUCCAGGACGUAGAGCCUCUGAUAACAAGUGAUUCCACAACCAUGAGGGAACUGAUCGUGUUUUACCGUUUAGAACCAGACGAGUACCUGGUCAUUCCGCAUACAAAUAACCCCAAUGAAGCCGCGAGUUUCAUCUUUACAGUCUACUCCAAGACGGAGACCGAGCUAGACUGAAGACACCCAAGAAAUCAUAUAAGAACCAGAUCUCCUGUUAUGUGUGCAUGUAUUCCUCCAUCCUGUUUUCCAUACUCAUGAACUCCUAAGACAUCAUUCAAUGCUUCAAGUUCACUGUUUUUUGCGGUUAUAUUCCUCCUCAGCUGUUGUUUUACCGGUGGUAUGUAAAAGCUUUAUACUUUUAACACACAUAAGUAACUUUUGUGUAAUUAUUGUCAGAAGCAGGGUUUAGUCAGGCAUAGGAUGGCAUGAUCAACAGUAUUGAGACAAGCUGAAAAUAAAUCACCUUCUGUUUUAUCUCUUUAUUAUUACACUCACUGUUACUCAAAACUAUAACAAAAAUUACUACGUGCAGUGAAAAAUUAUGGUUCAUGAUGAGCUAGAAAUAAUUGCUUUGCAUAUGGGGCCCUAAAUAAAGAAUAAUUUGUUAAUCACA